CCGAAAUCCAGUUGAGGUAAAGCAUUAUAAUAGACGUAAUAAAUUACGAAAAGCAAAGUCAUUAUUAAGCGUUUCAGAAUAUGUUGAACAAAGAAUCAUAUAUAAAUGAAAUUUGCAUCGCUAUUUAGUACAAUCAACUUUUUUUUCAACCAAUAUGCCAGAUUUAGCACAUCAAAUUGCCGGCCAUAAGGCUGCCUUGCAUAAUCCUAGUGUUUCCGAAGAGGCCAAAGCAAGAGCUCAAGAAUGGUUAGAUAGUCACGGUGACGAAGCUCAUUAUACUACUGGAACCACGCGUGGUUACAAAGCUGACCGAGAUGAUGAAGCCGAAUUGAGAAAGGAAGGAUUUCAGAGUUCAAACCUGUUUGAAAAUGAUGAAGCCCAAGCCAAAAACCUUGGAAACGUACGUGGUGGAUACAAAGCUGCCAUGAAAAAUAAAAGAAACACUAAAAGCGGGAGAGAAGCCGCUCGAAAAUCAUUAGACGAAAUUGAUGACGAGGCUAAUGCUUGAAGUAAUGCAAUUAUAAUUGAAAUCACAUAUGAUCUGAUCUGACAGAAUGAACCAAAAAUUAUAUAUCAUGAUUCUGAUUGACUUUUAGCGAAGCUUACCUUUAAUUUAUUUAUUCUUUUCUGAAAUACUACAAUA